AUUGAAUGCAACGUUAAGCGAGAAAAUGAUUUACAAAUCAAACAAAAGUCUGUCUAUUAAUAGUUGUUAUCAUUAGUACUUAUAAUCAGUGUUCACAAACUAAUCACUGGUUUUAUAGGCAAACAAUCAAAUGCCUUAUAUUAGCAGUGAAGUCGACAAAAGUCAAUCAAAAAUCAGUCAAACAUUUGCAAACACUUAACACUCAAACCAUUUUUUGCUGUGAUUUUCAAUACAAAUAUUUUAAUCAAACAUUUUUCUCCCAUUAAUUAAAUCAAACAAAACUUUUUGAAACAAAUUUACAAAAACUUUUUCGUUGUGUCAAUACUCGCUGUCAUUAUGAGAGUUGUGACAAAACUAUUGUCUUAUGGCUUGCUAUCAGUGGUGCUCUUGUUUUUGGUGACAAUCAUCCGUACGAUAGUAUACUUCCCGCCACUCAAAGACGUCCACUCGUGUCCACAACUUCAUGAGCCUAUCGGUGGUGAGGCGGUGGUCGACCGGUUCCGGAGGGCUAUCAGCUUCAAGACCAUCACCAGAGCUGCUCAACAGUACGACACCGCAGAGCUUAAGAAGUACAUCGACUUCAUUAUCAAGAGUUAUCCGACAAUCCAUUCCUCAUCGUUCGUGUCCUACGAAUUGGUCAACAAUUAUAGCCUCUUAUAUACCGUGAAAGGCAGCGACAGAUCGCUGACACCAUACCUCCUGUGCGGGCACUUGGAUGUGGUUCCCGUCGAGUUAGACAAAUGGGAUGUCGACCCCUUCGCCGGUGUCAUCCGAGAUGGCUUCAUAUACGGCAGGGGAACCACUGAUGUCAAGAACAUUGUCAUGGCCGCAUUAGAGUCGUUGGAGUAUCUGCUGAAGAAUGGCUUCAAACCGAAGCGAAGUUUUUACGUAGCCUUCGGUCACGACGAGGAGGCCCUGGGAGUAGACGGCGCCCAAUACCUGGCCAAAGCACUGGCCGCUAAAGGUGUCAAACGACUGGAGUACCUCCUGGACGAGGGAACCAUUAUAUUGAAUAAGGCUUUCGUGGGCGUCGACGCACUGGUAGCUAUGAUAGGGGUCACCGAAAAGGGUUACCUCACCGUCCGUAUG